AUGACAAGGCCUGUCGGCGCGGCAAGAGAGGAUAAAAAAACAUCAUUUCGUCAUUGUAUCGCAAACCCCCCGGUCAUCGGAGGCUGGCCGAAGGUUUCCAUGGGCUGCUGGGCAUGCGUUAGCAAAUGCAGCGGUGCAGCAGUGCUGAGCCUCGAGCAGAAUUGA